UGUGAGCAAGUCAAUGAGUCAUGAUUCGAUCCUUAUGCCGUUUUACCGUUAUCGUCCGGCUGAAUCGCUGAGUUAAUCCGGGUCAUUGAGUCAAUCUUGGUAAAUCGCGAUUUAUGCAACCUCACCAGUUGAUAAAUGAUUUUAACGUUUCUAGAUAAGCUGCCAUUUCACUCUGCGUCUGUUUUAUCUUCUUCUUCAGUCCCCUAUCUUUAACUCCUCUUCGGUCUUCUCGCCAGUCCGCCACCCUCAAAACCCUAAAACCCUAGACGCCGCUGCACUCAUUUGUGUUCUCUUUUCUUCUCUUUUCAGAGAAGGAGGAGAAAUGAAUCUUUCUCUUCUCGUUCCUUCUUCUUCUACCAAUUAUCCCGUAUUGUGCUCUCAGUUCAUAAACCCCAAUUCCCUUUCCAUCAAAACCUCAAGAAAUUCUCUCAAUAGAAGACGCCGUUACCGGGUCUCCCUUAUUCGGAGCUCUGUUGCUGAUGCAACAGAAUCGAGGGAACCGAUUAAUUCGUCGGUCUUUGGGGGAAAGAAGGAGCUCUCAGGUGUGCAAUUACUUGUCGAUGGCUUGUCUCCUUCGGUUAGGUUGGCGAGCUCGGUUGUUAUAGUUGCUGGUGCGCUAGCUGCUGGCUACGGGCUAGGGUAUCGAAUUGGAGGGACCCGAAACGCUGGACUGGGUGGUGCCAUUGCAUUUGGUGCUGCUGGUGGUGCUGCAGCUUAUGCGUUGAACUCUUGUGUUCCGGAGGUUGCAGCGGUGAAUUUGCAUAAUUUUGUGGCGGAUCAUGAUGAUCCGACGACCUUGAAGAAGGAAGACAUUGAAGGAAUUGCCAAAAGAUACGGUGUUAGUAAACAAGAUGAGGCCUUCAAUGCAGAGCUUUGUGAUUUGUAUGGCCGGUUUGUAUCUUCUGUUCUUCCACCUGGAAGUGAAAAUCUCAAAGGCAAUGAAGUAGACACUAUUAUUAAAUUUAGAAGUGCUCUUGGCAUUGAUGACCCAGAUGCAGCUGCUGUGCAUAUGGAGAUUGGAAGGCGCAUUUUCAGGCAAAGGCUGGAAACUGGUGAUCAUGAUGCUGACAUAGAGCAGCGUCGGGCAUUUCAGAAGCUAAUUUAUGUCUCGACACUUGUGUUUGGAGAAGCAUCAACAUUUCUUUUGCCUUGGAAGCGUGUAUUUAAGGUCACUGAUGCUCAGGUUGAGGUUGCUAUUCGGGACAAUGCCCAGAGAUUGUAUGCGUUCAAGCUAGAAUCAGUUGGAAGAGAUAUUGAUGAGAAACAACUUAUUAGCCUGAGAGAAGCACAACUUCUAUAUCGGCUUUCUGAGGAGCUUGCUUCUGACAUGUUCAGGGAGCAUACAAGGAAAAUUGUGGAGGAAAAUAUUUCCAGGGCACUGGAGGUUUUAAAGUCCAGGAGUAGAGCAGUGAGAGGAUCAACACAAGUUGUGGAAGAGCUUGAGAAGAUUCUUGAAUUUAAUAAUUUGCUCAUGUCCUUGAAUAACCAUUCUGAUGCUGGACGCUUUGCCCUUGGGAUUGGGCCUGUUUCUUUAUUAGGUGGUGCGUAUGAUGGUGACAGAAAGAUGAAUGACUUGAAGCUCCUUUAUAGAGCGUACACUGCAGAAUCCUUGUCAAGUGGCCGCAUGGAAGAAAAAAAGCUGGCGUCUUUAAACCAUUUAAGGAACAUAUUUGGUCUGGGCAAACGAGAGGCAGAAGCCAUCAUGCUGGAUGUUACCUCAAAGGUCUAUAGGAGACGGCUUUCACAAGCUGUUUCUAGUGGUGAACUAGAAGCUGCAGAUAGCAAAGCGGCCUACCUUCAAAACCUAUGUGAUGAGUUGUACUUUGAUCCGGAGAAGGCCAGUGGAAUUCAUGAAGAAAUUUAUAGGCAAAAGCUUCAGCAAUCUGUAGCUGAUGGAGAAUUAAGUGAGGAGGAUGUUGCUGUUUUGCUGCGGCUACGAGUUAUGCUGUGUAUUCCUCAGUCAACUGUUGAGGCAGCACAUGCAGACAUAUGUGGCAGCUUGUUUGAAAAGGCAGUGAAAGAUGCAAUUGGAGCAGGUGUUGAUGGAUAUGAUGCUGAUGUCAGAGCUUCUGUGAGGAAGGCUGCACAUGGCUUGCGCUUAACACGGGAGGCUUCCAUGAAUAUUGCUAGCAAGGCGGUGCGUAAGAUGUUUAUGAACUACAUUAAACGAGCACGAGCAGCUGGCAACCGUACAGAGGCUGCAAAAGAGUUAAAGAAGAUGAUAGCAUUCAACACCUUGGUUGUGACUGAGUUGGUAUCAGACAUCAAAGGAGAAUCCACAGACACUGCAACACGUGAGCCUGAUAAGGAGGAAGAAAAGCAAAUUGAGGAGGAGGAAUGGGAAUCCCUUCAAACACUUAGAAAAACUAGACCCAGCAAAGAGCUUGUAGAAAAGCUAGAAAAGCCUGGUCAGACAGAAAUAACUCUCAAGGAUGAGCUUCCAGAAAGGGAUAGAACUGACCUUUACAGGACAUAUUUGCUAUUCUGCAUUACCGGGGAGGUGACUAGAAUUCCUUUUGGGGCACAGAUAACCACAAAGAAGGACAACUCAGAAUAUUUGCUGCUAAACCAGCUUGGUGGGAUCCUAGGGUUGACUGGUAAAGAGAUUGUGGAAGUCCACAGGAGCUUGGCUGAGCAAGCUUUCAGGCAACAAGCUGAGGUGAUUCUUGCUGAUGGGCAGCUGACCAAGGCCAGGAUUGAGCAGCUUAAUGAAGUGCAGAAACAGGUUGGCUUGCCAGCAGAGUAUGCACAGAAAGUUAUCAAGAGUAUAACAACGACCAAGAUGGCAGCUGCAAUUGAAACUGCUAUCAGUCAAGGAAGGCUCAAUAUAAAGCAGAUCCGAGAACUGAAAGAAGCAAGUGUAGAUUUGGACAGCAUGAUCUCUGAAAGCCUACGGGAGAGCCUCUUCAAGAAAACUGUAGAUGAAAUUUUCUCGUCAGGUACUGGAGAGUUUGAUGAAGUGGAGGUCUAUGAGGGGAUCCCAUUGGACCUCAACAUAAAUGGUGACAAGGCAAAAGGAGUUGUUCAUGAUCUUGCCCGGACAAGACUAUCCAACUCAUUGAUUCAGGCUGUGGCACUUCUUAGGCAGAGGAAUCGUGCGGGAGUGGUUUCCUCUCUAAAUGAUAUGCUAGCAUGUGAUAAGGCUGUGCCUUCUGAGCCAUUAUCGUGGGAGGUGCCGGAGGAGGUUGCUGAUCUUUUUGCCAUCUACCUGAAGAGUGACCCAGCACCCGAGAAGCUCUCUCGCUUGCAGUAUUUGCUUGGUUUAAGUGACUCGACAGCUGCUGCUCUAAGAGAAGUUGGAGAGAGGGAGUUGCCAAUUGGAGAUGAAGAGGAAGAGUUUGUAUUUUAAGCCUAAGUUUUGGUGAAAUAGCAAAAUAUUGAAUUUGAUUUCUUCCAUUAUAGGUUGCAAGUAUGCCUUUUUUCUUCCUUUUCUUGCCUAUGAGCAGGAAGGCAAGUAUGUUAUAGAAGCACCUGAGAAGUUAAUAAUAGUCGGCUGGUUCUUCACUUUAUUGUGUAAUUAGAGAUUCAUUUUGAAUGAGAGAAUCGAGUAAAAUUUCUUAAUA